CUACUCACGUCAUAUCCUACUUCCGGUCUGUAACCAAGGUUACAUACACAGGGACACAGUUUGGGUUGGGAAUCGCUGGCCAUUAUUGACUGAUUAAACGCAAAGACAGGAUUUAACAACACACGAGGAUGCCUGCUAAGAAGAAGAAGAAGUCAGGCAAACUUGCCAAAAUGACAGAGGAGGAACGGAUUGCUUAUGAGGAUCAGAAGCGCCUGGCUGAGGAAGAAAUGAGGAAAAAGAAGGAGGAUAUGUUGGCUCAGUUUAUGAAAGAUAAACUUACGAAAGAGGAGAAGGCCAGCAAGUUCAACUUGAACAAACUGAACCAUCAAUGGAGAAACAUCAUGAGAGAGGCCAAGUCUAGGGAACUCAAGAAAGAUAUUGAGAUUCUCAGUCAAACAUUUGAGCGGGUCGUGGAUCGGAAGGAUGCUGUUAUAAAAUCUUUGGCCAAGGACAUUAUGGAGGCUGAGGAACAGUACUCCAUGGCGCUCCGCAGCCAUCUGCAGAAUGUUGAUAACUUGAUAGGCCUCCAGCGACAACGUCUGGGGAAAGCUAAGCAUGAGUACACGGAUGAGUUGAACAUCAUCAUGGAGGAGUUUGACAGUGAGCGGGAGAUGCUGGUGGAGCAGCACACACAGGAGAUGACAGAUAUCGACGACAUUCUCUUUGCAAUGGAUCAGAACUUCCAGGAGGGUGAGAAUGAGGCCAAGUCUGAGUUUCAGAGCAUGAGGGAUGAAAUCAAAAACAAGAAUCUUGAAGAAAAGCAUGCCCUGCGUGUUGUGCUGGAGUCGAAGGUUGAUGACUUGUGGCAGCAGUUCAGACAGGCGUUACAGAACUACAAUGAGACCACAGAAGAACGCAAGACAGCAUUUGAAACACUCAAAGCCAAGGAUGAAAAGAGUGCCAGGGAGAUCGAGCUUCAGAUGAGGAAGCUGCAGAGAAUCUCGGACCAGAUAUCCAGCUUGAAACUCAAGAUGUCCAACAAUUCCAAAGAAUGUGAGGAGAGAAACAGGUCGCUGAAAGAGGAACAGCUCAAGAUGCUGGCCCACUUCCAGGACCUCAAGGCCCAGAUGAACAAGCUGAGGGAUGCAGAGCGGGACAAGCUGACAAAACUGACCCUGGAGAGUAACGCAGCCAUCAAGGAACUCAAGAGACAGAAGGAGAAGGCAGAGCAGAUAAUGCGGCUGGCGGAGAUGUGUCGGAAGCUGGAGACUGAGGAAGAGAAGGUUCUACCAUUCUAUGCAUCCUCUCUGACAGCGGAAGAGGUUGAGGAUGUUGAUGCAGCUAUCUUGGAGCCACCUUCAGAGCCGCUUGCACUGGUGAUCCAUGAAUACUCUUCUCUGGAAAACUUCUGGAAACGUCACAACAAGGUGCUACUGGAUAAACUUGCCCUCGAUAAGGAGAAACAGACUCUUGUCCAGGAGAACCAACAGCUCCGCACACUUCUCAAACAGUACCUGGAUGGAAUCUCCGUCAACGAUGAGAUCCUGUCUCAAGUCAACCCACUGUUCAUUGUCAACAACAAGACAAACGUCAAGUUGAAUGUCCCAGUUGUGGAUCCUCGUGUCCGACGCCCUCCUCCCCAGACUGUUGUGGAAGCCGCUCACAUUGUCAAACAUAUCCUUCCUUCAUGAAUAUAUGGUCGAAUAUAUCCUUCAGUUAUUGUCCGCACAGGCAUUGGAUAGCAGCAUGGCCCCACAACUUACUCCACAGUUACCUCAACAGAAAUCAAUAUACAUUUAUUUCUUAGAGAAGUUUAAUGUUUUAAUUUUUAUAUUAUUAUUGCACAUAUUUGGUCAUUAUUUUAGCUUUAUUAGAUGUUCAUUCACAAGCUGAUGUAAGUCCCCAAACAUGAAAUGCCAUAUCAUUCUUGUUGAUUUUAUACAUAGUCAGUUUUGACCAGAAUUUAGAUAUGACAGGAAUAUUAUUUUUUCAAUUCCCAUGUCAAAAUUCUAAAAUGAAGAAACACUCGCUGCAUUCUGUUGUGUAACUGUGCUAGGUUAUUGUGGGGGCCAAGACGUUGUUUCUAAAUUGUCUGUGAUAAUGUUUGGUACAUAAUGGAGAAUAAUUUUCUCCAUCAAACUGAAAAGUGUUACAUGUAAAUUUGUAAUAAUAUGUGUAAAUACAAAUGUUUUGUGUGAUGUCUGUUAUGUUAAGUGUAUAAUGAUAACAUUGUGAAAUUCUAAUGUUUUGUAUAUGAAAAUCAAAUUUUGAAAUGUUUACUUGUAAUAAACAAUGAUAAAUCUAUU